UUUACAAUAUGGCAGUCUGAGGUUAAAAACUUUGCUGUGAAAACAUUGGAUUUGAUGUGAAAGUACAAUUGCACUGUAUUCACCAAUGGCAGCCUUUGUAUUGGAUUGCUUGUUCUGUUUGCUCCCGUCUCUGUUACUGUUGGUGCUGUCUCUGGCUCUCCGCUGGCCGAGAGUGAGCUGCUGGACAAGGCUGGCUGUCAGGGCUGCAGGCAGGAGACUCUGGGUCAUCAUCUGCCUGAUCCUGGAACUACCGCUAGACAGAAACACAAGAAAAUGGACAGAGGAGACAGGAUCACCAGGGACAGAUAUUUUGUCUGGGUCAGCCCAGACAUCAGAUAGACCCAUGCUGAUUUGCAAACCCACUGCUCUCGCCAAAUAUCUGCUGCAGCAUUGUGGCUCUCUGGCCAGGCCGAGACUAGCCAACUGGCCCAGAGGAGACCCCCACCUGCAGACUCUGUCCAGCCUGCUGUUUGGACAACACAGAGACACAUUACAGUUCACUAGAGAGCAUCUGUUACUGAGGGAUGGAGGAACAGUAGCUCUGGACUGGGCUGUGGGAACAAGACUGGGUGAGGUGGUUGGGAGGAAGAGGUGGGAGGGGAGAAAGGAACAUCAGUCAGGGGGGAAAACUCCAGGCUGCUUCACCAUAACACCUCCAGUCCUCCUCCUCAUCCCACAGUCCUGGGGAGGGAUAACACCUCACCUAAAGGCGCUGUGCCAUUUGGCCAUUUGUCAAGGGUUCUAUGUGGUGGUGUUUCACCCUCGAGGUACAGCAGGCUCACCAAUGACCAUGGCACGAAUGACUGAGUUUGGAGACCCAGCUGAUCUUGAGCAGGCGAUUGCUUAUAUCCAUAGCUGCCACCCGUCCUCCAUGCUGGUCGCAGUGAGCGAGGGUUCGGGCUCAGGGAUUCUUCUUUCCUACUUGGGGGAGUGUGGAUCAAGUUCUCACCUGACAGCAGCUGCAGCCAUCUCACCUGUACUCCUGGGCCAGCUGUGGUUUGAAACAGCUAUGCCGCCUAUUUAUCGUUCGGGAGUGCUCUUUCACCGGAAACUGCAGCUGAGUAGAUAUGGCAGUUCCUUCAGAGCAGUGCUGGAUGUGGAUCGGGCCCUCAGCUGUUCCUCCAUCAGAGACUUUGAGGAGACUCUUUUUUGCUCAUCAGUCCAUCAUCAGCGAGCACCCCCCAGACCUCCAACAAGCUCUCUAAACUCUGGUCUGAGCUCAGGAUCUUCUUCCCCACGGGGUCUGGCACCCUCAGUGGCCUGGGGACUGGGCGAGAGGGCUUCCCCAGCCCAGGACUGGAACAGCUACUGGGAGAGGAAUGAACCACUGAGAGAUGCAGAUGAGGUGGCAGUGCCUGUGCUCUGCAUCUGCAGUCGUGAUGACCCUCUCCUCCCACCAACCUGCACCUUGCCCCUUCCCCUUUUCCAGAGCAACCCUUAUUUCCUUCUGGUGUUGACAGACAGAGGAGGGCACUGUGGGUUCAGUCUGGAGAGCCAAGAACAGAGUGAGGGAGGGAGGAUCGGAAAGGAGGAGGUAGAGGAAGGUAACUGGAGUCAUAUCGUAGUUCUUGAGUACUUCAGAGUCAUGGCUGAUUUUCUGAAAGGAGAGGAGAAGGAUGGUCCUACAGGAGAGUAUAGUCAUGCCGGGCAGAGGAGCAGGAUCAGUAACCUGGCCCCACCUCGUAGGAGGAAAGCCACCAUGAUGAGGAGACCAAGACCUCAAGUAUCUGGAAAGAUCUUUGUGGAAGCAGAGGAAGAAAACUUCACCUGGAAGAGGUCAUACACACGCUGAGGGGAAAGAGAAGGUGGACGAUGAUCUGCAGAGAGGGAUUUCAACAACUUUGGGUUUUUACUGAUCAUUGUCAAGUCGUUUUCUGAUGGUUCUGAUGAAAGGAAAAUCAUCGAAACAGCUGGACAAGAAAAUCAGCUAAAUGAGCAAUUGUUGGGAGGGAAAAUGAUUCUUCUUUGCUGGGCCUAGAAAAAAAACAUACAUAUUCUCAGAAGAUGGCUUUCCUUGUUACAAUAAAUAUUUAAAU